AUGAAUGAGAUGAUUGCUGUUGGUUAUACUAUAAUAACAGGAAUCAGAGAAAUGCAUAGCUUCAAAAGAGAAGAAAAGACAAUUAUAAGAGAAAAAAGUGGUAGCUACCUAAAGUUUGAAAAGCUUAGCCUGCUAGAAUUCAUUGUAGCUAUACAGUUGAUGAAGUUAAAAAGUGGUAGCUACCUAAAGUUUGAAAAGCUUAGCCUGCUAGAAUUCAUUGUAGCUAUACCGUUUGAUGAAGUUGCUAGUUUAUUUGAAUUAUAUUUGUCGUUGGUGUUGUUUGUGUUGAAAUUUUCUUCUGCCAUUGGAUCAUACAAUUAUUUUAUCCUUACAUUAUUGGGUUUACCUUUUCAAGAGGAACUUGAAGAGGAAGAUAGUGAUUGUAUUGAGAAAGUGCUGUGGCAUCAACCAAAGGGCGUGGCUGAAGAAGCUCUUAGGAGUAAAAGAUCAACUAAUCAUGUUCUACUUAGCUACUUGUUUGAUUCUGAGCCAAAUUGGAAUGAGAUGGAAUUCUUGAUAAAAUGGAAAGGCCAAUCCCAUUUACACUGUCAGUGGAAAUCAUUUUCUGAGCUUCAGAAUCUUAGUGGUUUUAAGAAGGUUUUGAAUUACACUAAAAAGGUAACGGAUGAAGUCAGGUUCAGGAAGACAGUCACACGUGAGGAGAUUGAGGUUAAUGAUGUGAGCAAGGAGAUGGACUUGGACCUCAUCAAGCAAAAUAGUCAGGUGGAAAGGAUAAUUGCAGACCGCAUUAGUAAAGACAGUUCUGGAGAUGUAAUUCCAGAGUACCUAGUCAAGUGGCAAGGGUUAUCUUAUGCUAAAGCGACAUGGUAUAUUAAGAGACAUUUUGAUGAUAGAAUUAAUGUGCUAGAGACUAGUAGUAUAGUAGUGGGAUGA